AUGUCUCUCCCAUCAAAUGUCCACGUCUCCGCCCACCCUUGUCUCCAAGCCAAGCUCUCCUUAAUCCGCUCAUCUUCCACCACCCCGCGUGAGACAAGAGGCUUAGUCCAUGACAUUGCCAAUAUCCUAGGCGUGGAAGCCUUCUCAGGACUGAAGCUAGUCAAAACAGGAACGGACACCACCCCUCUUGGAAUCGAGUAUGAAACCCAGGGAAUUGACCCAGAAGACCUGGCUCUAGUGCCAAUCCUCCGAUCCGGCCUAGGAAUGGUUGAUGCCUUAUCCCCCACUCCAAACACCCCCGCUUACGCCCCCACAGCCCUAAACGACCUCCUCCCAACUCCAGUCCCAGUUUACCACCUGGGUCUAUUCCGAGAAAAGGUCUCCCUCCAACCCGUAGAAUACUACAACAACCUCCCAUUCCACCGGUCGGAGUUAUCACCGGCCUCUCCAGCCUCUUUGAACCCAACCACCAACACCGCAGCUGCAAGUCUGGCUGUACUGCUGGACCCGGUUAUCGCUACUGGAGCGACGGCUGAGGCGGCGAUUCAAUUGCUGCGUGACUGGGGUGUGAAGAAGGUUAUUAUGAUUAGCUUGCUUGCCUCGGAAGCGGGAGUUAAGCGUGCUGCGGGGACUUGGGGUAAUGUUGAGGUUUGGGUUGGUGCUAUUGAUAAGGGCGUUGAUGAGAAGGGAAUGAUUGUGCCUGGUAUUGGAGAUAUCGGUGAUCGGUUGUUUGUUGCUGUUGGAAAGUAG